CCAUCCAAAACACACACAAUUCAACUCGUUCUCAAUUUCCUGAAACAGAAGCCCCAAUAAAUUCCAUACCCUAAUAUCAUUCAGAAUCUCAAAAUCUUGGUUCGUGAUGGCACCUAAGGCAGAGAAGAAACCAGCUGAGAAGAAGCCGGCUGAGGAGAAGAAAUCCGCCGUGGCUGAGAAGGCUCCACCUGCGGAGAAGAAGCCAAAGGCAGGAAAGAAGCUGCCGAAGGAAGGUGCCGCCGCCGGGGACAAGAAGAAGAAGAGGAACAAGAAGAACGUUGAGACCUACAAGAUCUACAUCUUCAAGGUUUUGAAGCAAGUCCACCCUGACAUCGGUAUCUCCAGCAAGGCCAUGGGAAUCAUGAACAGCUUCAUCAACGACAUCUUCGAGAAGCUCGCCCAAGAAGCUUCUAGACUUGCCCGAUACAACAAGAAGCCAACUAUCACCUCGAGGGAAAUCCAGACUGCGGUCAGACUCGUGCUGCCCGGAGAGUUGGCUAAGCACGCCGUUUCUGAGGGUACCAAGGCGGUGACUAAGUUUACCAGCUCUUAAACGAUGUCGUUUGUAUUUUGAGGGUUUUCCGUGUUAGGAAUUUGUUAGAAGUAUGUUUAGAUUUGAAGUAGUGCCUUUUAUUUUUAAUAUCUUGUAAUUGAAGAAAUUGGAUCUGCUCGAUCCAUUUGUGGAUGGAAAUGUAGAAUUGACGGUAUGGUAUAGGAUAGGAUCGCAUACUGCUGUUAUCGUAUCUUGAUAGCUUCCCUAUUAAUGACAGUGCAUUAUUAGUAGAA